AUGGCGAAACUUUCUCCGUCUUUCUCACCCGCUGGUGACCGCACCCGCUCUUCUCGCCCGCUUUCUGCCGCCAUCUCGGCGGGCUGCUGCUGCUGCUCGGCGGCGGCGGCGGCGGCGGGGGCGAGGUGGAGGGCGCCGUUCACGGCGGCGCAGUGGGAGGAGCUGGAGCAGCAGGCGCUCAUCUACAAAUACCUGGUGGCCGGGGUGCCCGUACCCCCCGAUCUCCUCCUCCCCAUCCGCAGGAGCUUCGAUUCCGUGGCCAUGGCCCCCAGAUUCUACCACCACCCUACUCUCGGUUACUGCUCCUACUUUGGGAAGAAGCUGGACCCGGAGCCGGGGCGGUGCCGCCGGACUGACGGCAAGAAGUGGCGGUGCUCGAAGGAGGCGUACCCUGACUCCAAGUACUGCGAGCGCCACAUGCACCGGGGCCGAAACCGUUCAAGAAAGCCUGUGGAAUCUCCGCAGCCGUCUUCUGUCUCGCACUCUGCAGCUACUCAGCAUUCCCCCUCGGCCUCGACCGUCACAACUGUCGUACCUUCCGGAAGCAGCGGAGGGAACGGCGGCGGCACCUGCGGAAGCUUCCAGAGCAAUCCCCUGCACUCCAUCGCCGGUGGCAGCAGCAAUAGCGCCUUCACCAUCGGCUCGUCUCAGCUGCAGAUGGAGCACGCUGCCUACGGAACAGCCGGCAGCAGCAAAGAUUUUAGGUAUGCUUAUGGAGCUGGAGCCGCAUUGGAGGAGCACAGCCUGUUCUCAGAAGCUUCUGGAAGUCUAAGGGGCCUGGCAAUGGACUCUUCACUGGAUAGCUCGUGGCGCGUAUUGCCUUCACAAAUUUCCCCCUACUCCCUCUCAACAGCAAGGGGUGGGACCACAUUGGACAGUGGCAACUAUCCUCAGUUUGCUGCGCUCCCAGAUAUGGGUCACUCACUCUCAAGGCCUGACCGACCCCAGCUUUCCUUUUUUGGCAAUGAGUUUGGAUCAGAUGAGUCAGUGAAGCACGAAAGCCAAACACUCCGACCUUUCUUUGAUGAGUGGCCGAAGGGAAGGGAUUCAUGGACAGAUAUUGAUGAAGAGAGAUCAAACCGAGUCUCUCUCUCCACAACGCAACUCUCAAUCUCCAUCCCUAUGACAUCCUCUGACUUUGCUACCAGUUCCGGAUCCCCUCUGAAUGAUUGAAGGCCAUAAAAGGUUUCGUUGUGAAGUCUGGGCGCGGGGGCGUGCUUAGUGAUCCUGGCUCGUCUAUUCUGUGGCUUUUCUGGCAGUAGUUUUAACUUUUCCUUUAAAUGCUUUUAUUUAUAAUCAAGUUCUUGUGAAUUGUCUGAGUUGACAUUGGUUAUUAGGAAUGUGUUCAUGGAUGGCUCCAUGGGAGUUGUAUUGUUUGGCUUGACAUUUAAAUCUCAUGUCUUAUUUUACAAAUAUAGAUAAUAUGCUCGAGUAUGUUUGUUUAAA